AUGCACGUGCUGCAUCCUCCCCCUCCCUAUUCGUCACAUUUGUCAUUACAUACUCGUUGGAUUAGAACCGUGCAAACGGACAUAUCCAGCCGUUCAAUUUUGACAUCCGGGCUUGCGGGAAGUUCUCUCAGGUCUGCAAUGACCAGUAUGGCAGCGGCAGCGGUAUCUCCAGUCCGUGAGUACGGAGACAUGUCGACAGUGAUGGCGACCGUUUAA